AGUGGGGCGAGGGAACGCAGAUAGAGCCUGCAAAGCCCUGGGUGGACCCCUCCUCAAGGGAGGUGUGGGAAGAUUAUGGGCCGGGGGGGCCCCAUUUAUACAUGAACAUCACGGGCGGCGCGGCGGGCGCGUUCCGGCGGGCACUGGCCGACCGGCAGGCGAGGGGGCAGCAGGAGGGGCGUGCGCGCGGCGCGGCGUCAUCCGCGGCGGCAGCGGCGGCUGGCGGGGGUGGUCGACUGUCGGGCGGCGGCGCUGGUGGCGCAGGCGGGGGUGCCGUGGGCGGGGGCACAGGGGAGGACGAACUGGAGGAGCUGUGA